AUGGCCCCCUCGCUCACUGAAACCGUCGCUCUGCGCCAGGCGCCAAAGACCGUCCUCAAAACCGAUGCAGGCUUCAACAAGGAGAACCUCAUAGGAUAUGGCGAGGCUUAUCAGCACGAGAACGAACUCAAGGGCACGACGAAGCAGCCGCCUGCUUCGUUCCCCAACUACCUCCCCGUGUGGGAUAACGAGACCGAGAGAUACCCUCCAUUAACGGACUUUGAGCACUACGACCACGGCAAAGACGCCGACCCCGGCUUCCCCGAUCUCCUGCCCGCCGGCAAGGCCGAGAUCGACGACCUCACGCCCACGAUCGGCAGCGAGGUCAAGGGCGUCCAGCUCAGCCAGUUGUCCGACAAAGGCAAAGACCAGCUGGCACUGUUCGUCGCCCAGCGCAAGGUCGUCGCCUUCCGCGACCAGGACUUCGCCCACCUGCCCAUCGACAAGGCCCUCGAAUGGGGCGGCUACUUCGGCAGACACCACAUCCACCAGACGUCCGGCGCGCCCAAGGGCUUCCCGGAGAUCCAUCUGGUGCACCGCGGCGCCGACGACACCAGCGGCCAGGAUUUCCUGGCCACCCGCACCAACUCGAUCACCUGGCACUCGGACGUGACGUUCGAGAAGCAGCCGCCCGGCACGACGUUUCUGUAUCUGCUGGAUGGACCGUCGAGCGGGGGGGAUACGCUGUUCUGUGAUAUGGCGCAGGCGUAUCGGCGGCUAUCGCCUGAGUUCCGGAGGCGGUUGCAUGGUCUGAGGGCGGUGCAUUCGGGGAUUGAGCAGAUCAAUAACAGUCUGAAUAAGGGGGGUAUUGCCCGGCGCGAGGGGAUUAUGACGGAGCAUCCGAUUGUUCGCACGCACCCGGUUACGGGGGAGAAAGCGUUGUUUGUGAACCCGCAGUUCACUCGUUAUAUUGUCGGAUACAAGAAGGAAGAAUCAGACUUUCUGCUGAAAUUCCUGUACGACCACAUCGCGCUGUCGCAGGACAUCCAGACCCGGGUGAGAUGGCGUCCUGGCACGGUCGUCGUCUGGGAUAACCGUGUGGUAGCACACAGCGCUCUGUUCGAUUGGGAGGACGGACAGAGACGCCAUCUAGCGCGGAUCACUCCUCAGGCCGAGCGUCCAUACGAGACGCCGUUCGAGGCUAGCUAG